AUCCUGCCGCAGUCUGCAUCCGGUUUAGAGAUGAGCUACCCACUGGACCACCUCUACGGCCACGGCUCCUACCGCAGGGCACCACAGGGCCUCUCUGCCCGGCCUGCCGCUUCCCUCUCCUCCUCCGGCUUCCACUCCCAGCCCUGGACGACCUCUCAGCGCCGCCGCCAGGCCUACAGCCAGACACCCUCCGCCGACAGCUUGGAGAUCUUUAACGGCGACAUGACUCGGAGGAACGAGAAGGAGAUUCUGCAGACACUCAAUGACCGUUUCGCCGGCUACAUCGACAAGGUGCGGAACCUCGAGCUGAUGAACUCGAAUCUGGAGCAGGAAGCGGCUGCGCUGCGACAGAGCCAGACCGGGCGCGCUACCGUGGGAGAGCACUAUGAGCGCGAGCUGGGGAACCUGAGGGGUCUGGUUCAGCAGCUGACCGGGGAGAAGGCAUGCGCACUCUUGGAGCAAGACCACCUGGAAGAGGAUAUCCAGCAUGUGCAGACCAGGCUAGAGGACGAGGCACGCAGCAGGGAGGAGCUGGAAGCCAAGGCACGCCUAAUGAACAAGUAUGUGGAUGAGUCUGGGCUCGCACGGCUAGAGCUGGACAAGAAGCUGAGCGCGCUGCAGGAAGAAGCAGCGUUCCUGAAGAAGAACCACGAGGAGGAGGUGGCGGAGCUGCUAGCACAGAUCCAGGGUGCACAGGUGAGCUUCGAGGCUCGAGACACAAUCAAGGCGGACGUCACGAACGCCCUGCGGGAGAUCCGCGCUCAGCUGGAUGGACACGCGACCAAGAGCGCAACGCACGCGGAGGAAUGGUUCAAAGUGCGUAUGGAGCGGUUGGCAGAUGCAGCUCACUCUAACACAGAUGCGAUCCGUGGUGCCCAGGAUGAGAUAGCAGAGUACAGACGGCAGCUGCAGAGCCGCACCAUCGAACUGGAGACCCUCAGAGGAACCAAGGACUCACUGGAGAGACAAUGCAUGGAGACUGAGGACAGACACCAUGGAGAUAUCCACUCACUACAGGAGACUAUUCGUCAGCUGGACGGUGAACUGAAGAGUACUAAGUGGGAGAUGGCCAGCCAGCUGAGAGAAUAUCAGGAGCUGCUGAACGUCAAGAUGGCUCUGGACAUAGAGAUAGCAGCCUACAGGAAGUUGCUGGAAGGGGAGGAGACUCGGUUCAUACCUGGGCCAAGCCUGUACUCCUACUCCUCUGCCCACCUGAAGCUGAAGGGGGAGGAGCUCUCAGACACAGUCAUACUGGAGGAACAGACAGAUGAGACACAGGUCACUGAGGUGACAGAGGAAGCAGAAGAUGAGGAAGAGGAAAAGGGAGAGGAGACAGAAAAGGAAGAAGAGAAGGAGGAAGAGGAAGAGGGAGAAAAGGAGGAGGAAGAGGAUGAGACCAAAGCUGAGGCAGAAGAGGGAGAAGGAAAGGGAGUUGAGGAUAAGGGGGGAGAGGAUGAGGAGGCAGGUGAGGAGAAAGAGGAAGAGAAGUCUAAGUCACCUGAAAAGGCUGCUUCUUCUCCAUCCAAAUCUCCCCAAAAAACCCUCCAGCCCAAAUCACCUGCCCCCAAAUCACCUGAAUCCAAAUCUCCCCUCCCCAAAUCACCUGAAUCAAAAUCUCCCCUCCCGAAAUCACCUGCCAAAUCUCCCGCCCCCAAAUCACCUGAAUCCAAAUCACCCCAAGCCAAAUCUCCCCUCCCCAAAUCACCUGCCAAAUCUCCCGCCCCCAAAUCUCCCACAGCUGUGAAAUCACCAACAUCUACAUCUCUCCCCAGCAAAUCCCCAGAGUCUAAGUCUCCCACUCCCAAAUCCCCUCUCCCAAAGUCUCCUGAACCCAAGUCCCCCAUCCAGGAGAAGGCCAAGCCCCCUGCAGAAGACAAACUGGCCAAGCAGGAGAAGAAAGAGAAGGAACAACCCCAGCCUGUAAAGGAGGAAAAGAAACAAGAGCCAGAACCCAAGGAGAAUGAGAAAUGUGAGAGCCAGCCUAAAGAGGAGAAGGUUGAGGAGAAGACAGACAAACCAGAUCCCAAGGAGAGCAAGCCAGAUGAGAAUCCCAAGACUGAGACCCCCACACCUGCCCCCCCUGCUGCCACCCCGGCCAAGCCUGCAGAGGAAAAGCCCGCCCCCGCCAAGGAGAGCCACGGCCCUGCUAAGAGAGAAGAGGAGAAACCAGCCAAAACAGAUGACACACCCCAGGUAGAGGUGAAGCCUGCCCCCAAAGAAUCACCACAGAAAACAGAGAGCACAAAGGAGAAGAAAGCAGAGCCCAAAGAGGAGGUGAAGAAGGAGGAUAAGAAGGAGGACAAGAAGGAGGCCUCUAAAGCAUCUGACAGUAAAGAGGCAAAGGAUACGAAGGAGGUAGAGAAGGCAGAGAAGGCCAAGAAAUCUUCUGGCACUGAAGUCAAAGAUGAGAAAUCUCCUGGCACUGAAGUCAAAGACGAGAAAUCUUCUGGCACUGAAGUCAAAGACGAGAAAUCUUCUAGCACUGAAGUCAAAGACGAGAAAUCUUCUAGCACUGAGGUCAAAGACGAGAAAGCCAAGAAGUGAGUCACUAACACGCUGCAUAUGAGCCAGGAGAAGAGAGAGAGACGCCAAAGAACUAUCGGGGGG